AUGAACCUCGCCAUAGUGGGCGCUACCGGCGCCGUCGGCCAGGUAACCUUGCGCCUCAUCGAGGCACGUUACCCGCAGCAUCGCAACCUGAAGCUGCUGGCAUCCAAGCGCUCCGCCGGUAGGAAGAUGAACGUGAACGGCAAGACAUUUGUGGUGGAAGAAACCACUGAUGACUCCUUCGAUGACGUCGAUAUCGCCUUCAUCUCGGUGAGCACCGAGGCGUCGCGUCGGUUUGGUCCGGUGGCGGCGCGGGCCGGCGCGAUGGUCAUCGAUGAUUCCAGCGCCUUUCGCAUGGAGCAGGCGGUUCCGCUGGUGGUGCCGGAAGUGAAUGGUUCUGAUCUGUUGUGGCACGACGGCAUCGUGUCGAUUCCCAACUGCUCGACCACGCCGCUGGUGAUGGUGGCGCACCCGUUGCGUCAGGCGAGUCCGAUCCGCCGCAUCGUUGCCGACACCUACCAGUCUGUUUCCGGGGCCGGCGGCGCGGCGAUGGACGAAUUGCGCGAGCAGACCCGCACCGUCAUGCACGGCGGGCCGGCAGAACCGAACGCGCAGCCCCAACGCAUCGCUUUCAACGUGUUUCCCCAAAUCGAUGGGUUCAACGAAACCGGCUACACUGUGGAAGAACAGAAGAUGAUCGAUGAAAGCCGGAAGAUUCUGCACGCACCGGACAUAGCGUUGUCGGCGACGUGCGUGCGGGUUCCCGUGCUGGUAUCUCACUGCGUGGCGGCACACCUGGAGUUUGAGCAGCCGGUAUCGGCGGGAGAAGCGCGUGAGCUACUGAGCCAGAUGCCCGGCGUAACCGUCCAGGACGACCCGGCAGCGUCGGUGUAUCCGAUGCCGGUAUCUGCGGCCGGCUGCGACGAUGUGUUCGUGGGACGGAUUCGCAAGGACGCAUCGCAUCCCAACGGGUUGGCCAUGUGGGUAGUGACGGAUAACCUGGUGAAAGGUGCGGCGCUGAACGCUCUGCAAAUCGCCGAAGAAGCCGUUGCUCUCGGCGCGGUGCACGGGCAACGUCGCUAA